GGGGGGCCAUAUGAGAGGUGGCUAACGGAGGCCGACCCUUGGGUGGAGGGUCCAUGGUAGAUUGAUGGCAAUAGAGUAGUGCCCUGUAGUGCCCUGUAGUGUAGUUUUUGGCAUGCUCUUGUGCCUGGAUAUUAAAGAACUAUGUACGGAUAUUCUUGAGUAUAAGGUAGCUUGCCAUUGUAUAUCUCGGGAAAUUUGGAGACAUCAACCCCUCAUUGACUUCCCCCCAUCGGUUAUAAACGUCCUACGGCAACCGCAACUACUCCGUACUUCUACGUCUACAUUUACAUCCUCUAUACAUCGCAAAUAUCCAAAGCUACAAUGACUCUCAAAUACGACCCCGAAUUCGCCCAAGCCGCGGCCCCAAUUCUGUCCGCCCGCGCAGCAGCCUCCCCCGCUGCCCUCCACGACGUAGAAACCCGCCGAACACGCAUCACAGCCUCCUACGCAGCCGCAUUCAAGAAACUCCCAGAAACCCCAGAUGUCGAGCACAAGAUCUACCAGAUCAAGUCACACGAUGGCCAACUCAUCUCCGUAUACCACUUCUACAAGAAGUCCGGACAUGCGACGCCCGGCUCGGCGGUUUUCCACACGCACGGUGGCGGUACCAUCCAGGGUGAUGUAGAGCUGUUUGUCCCACUGCUUGCGAAUGAGGUGCAGCAGACUGGUGUGCAGUUUUUUUCUGUUGACUAUCGUCUCGCACCUGAGCAUCCGCAUCCGAUUCCCGAGGAGGACUGUUACGCCGCGUUGACGUGGGUGUACGAGCACGCGGAUGAGUUUGGUGUUGACCGCAGUCGCAUUGCCACGAUGGGUGAGAGUGCUGGUGGUCGUUUAGCACUGGUGAUGAGUCUCAUGGCUCGGGAUCGUAAACUGUCGCCGCCGCUGGCGAAGCAAAUUCUGAUCUAUCCGAUGCUGGAUGACCGUAACACAAACCCGAUCACAGCGUUGGAACCGCUGGCACUGUGGUCCAAUGAUGAUAAUAUCACUGCCUGGACAGCGCUGCUGGGCAAGGAUGUGAUUGGGACGGACAAGGUGCCAGAGUAUGCUGCGCCGGCGCGGGUGCAGAGCCUUGAGGGGCUUCCGCCGACGCUUAUUGAUGUCGGGGAGUUGGAUGUCUUUCGGGAUGAAGAUUAUGCGUUUGCGGGGAGGCUGGCGGCUGCAAAUAUCAGCACGGAGUUUCAUGUGUAUCCUGGACUGCCUCAUGCGUUUGAAGUGUAUGCGCCGGAGAUCGAUGCGACGAGGCGGGCUGUGGAGCACCGCAUGAAAGCCGUUACUUCGGUGUAACCGGCUGAUAUUGAUGAAAAGACAAAGUCUGUUGUAUACGGAUGAUGAGAUGAGCCUGAGAAGCCGCCUUGAAUAUAAUGUUGAGUCUAUGCAAUGAACAGUCAAACACGAGAAGUGCCAUAAUGCCGUAAUGCCAGUUGUCCCAUUUGAUCCUUCGCCCUCUGUUGGGUCGCACUAUGUCGUAUUCCGCCUUAUCCCGCCCCGAAACUGUUGAGCUUCCUCCUCUGUGAACCAGAAGAGGGUCUC